AUGUAUCGCAUCAGUAAUAUUUAUGUGCUCGCCGCGUUCGGCACUAUCGGCGGUGCAUUGUUUGGUUUCGAUAUCAGUUCAAUGAGUGCAUGGAUUGGCGCAGAACAGUACCUGGAAUACUUUGACCAUCCAGAUUCAGAUCUUCAAGGAGGAAUCACUGCAUCUAUGUCCGCCGGUUCCUUUAUUGGUGCUUUGGGAGCUGGUUAUCUCUCCGACAUGAUGGGGAGACGAUAUGCCAUCGUUGUUGCAGCAAUAAUCUGGAUUGUCGGGUCUAUCGUUUCGUUGAGCGCACAAAACGUUGGUCAUUUGAUCGCGGGACGUAUAAUCAACGGUCUUUCCGUUGGUAUUAUGUCUUCUCAGGUUCCUGUCUAUCUUGCCGAGCUAUCACCCAAAAACAUUCGUGGUAGAGUCGUUGGUAUUCAACAGUGGGCAAUCGAGUGGGGUAUCUUGAUUAUGUACCUGAUCUCAUACGGUUGCACCUUUAUUGAAGGUCCUGCGGCAUUCAGAACAGCCUGGGGUAUUCAAGCAAUUCCAGCCCUGAUUCUUAUUGGCGCGCUAUUCUUUUUCCCAGAAUCCCCACGUUGGUAUGCAUCGAAGGACCGCUGGGAAGAGGCGCUGGACACUCUUGCACUCCUUCACGGAAACGGAGAUAUCAACAAUCCUCUCGUUCAGGCUGAAUACGAAGAAGUCCGUGAAGCUCAACAGAUUGCUGCUCAAGGAAAAGCGAUGUCAUGGCUGGGUUUGUUCGGACCAACCAUGUGGAGGCGUACUACUGCUGCGCUUGCCGCUCAGAUCUGGCAACAGCUUCUUGGAGGAAACGUCAUGAUGUAUUACAUUGUCUAUGUUUUCCAAAUGGCGGGUCUAACCGGUAACAUCAACCUUGUCUCGUCAUCUGUCCAAUACGUUAUUUUCUUGGUCACAACAGCCAUCACUCUCCUCUUCAUCGAUAGACUUGGUCGUCGCCCACUAUUCAUCUACGGUGCUGUUGCAAUGGGAUCACUCAACUUCGCCGUUGCUGGGUUGAUGAAGACUGGAGGUCACUCGGUCACCAAUGUUGCCGAUAACUACAACAUUAAAUGGCAGGUAGAAGGAAGUUAUGCCACAGGUGUUAUCGCAUGCAGUUAUCUUUUUGUUGCAUUCUACGGAUUGACAUGGGCUCCUUGUGCAUGGGUCUUCAUCUCUGAAGUCUUCCCACUUCAGUAUCGUGCCAAGGGUGUCGGUCUCGCCACUGCCGCCAACUGGAUUUUUAACUUUGCGCUUGCAUACUUUGUUCCACCUGCGUUUAAGAACAUUCAAUGGCGCACUUACAUCAUGUUUGGUGUAUUCUGCUUCUGCGGUGUCGCGCACAGUUUCUUCAUGUUCCCAGAGACUGCCGGAAAAACUCUUGAGGAAAUCGACUAUCUCUUCGGGAAGAACGUCCCAGCAUGGAAGAGCGCAAAGGUGAACUCAAGACUUGAUGAAAAGGUUGGCGACCUUGAGAAUAAUAAGCCUGGCCAUGACGAUGGGCAGUCGGAGAAGGGUGCUGCGACGACAGUUGAGAGCUCUCACUAA